GAAGCUCCGCCGUGGGUCCCGGGGUACAGGUGCGUGAGAAACUAGUGCCAGCGCCGAGGAAGCCCGGUCCCCAGGCCAUGGGGGGUCAGCUGAGGCUGCCACCCGGGGAGCCCUGCCGAGAAGGUCACGUGCUGUCUCUGGUCUGUUCGAACUCUUCCCAGGCUUCCUGUGAGAUCACAAGUGUGUCACAGCUGCUGCCUCCUCCUGCCCUCUUCACGAACCUGAGUUCCACCGUCACCAACUUCAGCAUUUCUGCCAAUGUCGAAAACAGAUACAGUCUCUAUGGGGGCUUGGCGCUGGCCAUCAGCUCCAGCAUUUUUAUUGGUUCAAGUUUCAUACUCAAAAAGAAGGGUCUCUUGCAACUGGCCGACAAGGGCAUCACUAGAGCAGGGCAAGGUGGACAUUCUUACCUCAAGGAAUGGGUGUGGUGGGCUGGACUGCUGUCAAUGGGAGCUGGAGAGGCGGCCAACUUUGCGGCCUAUGCGUUUGCGCCUGCCACCUUGAUCACCCCCCUGGGGGCGCUGAGUGUUCUCAUAAGUGCAAUAUUAUCUUCCUAUUUUUUAAAUGAGCACUUGAACAUUCACGGGAAAAUAGGCUGUAUUUUAAGCAUAUUGGGGUCAACUGUGAUGGUUAUCCAUGCCCCCCAAGAGGAAGAAGUCACUUCUUUGCGUGAAAUGGAAAUGAAAUUGAGAGAUCCAGGCUUCAUUUCCUUUGCUGUGAUCGUCUCUGUGAUCUCCUUGGUGCUGAUUGUGAUCGUGGCGCCCAAGAAAGGACAGACUAACAUACUGGUCUACAUCGCAAUCUGUUCUUUGAUAGGAGCGUUUUCGGUUUCUUCUGCCAAGGGCUUGGGAAUUGCCAUCAAGGAACUGCUAGAGUGGAAGCCAGUUUACAAGGACCCCCUGGUCUUCAUCCUCUUGGCUGUGCUUAUACUUUCCAUAAUGACCCAGGUUAACUAUCUCAACAAAGCCCUGGACACUUUCAACACCUCUCUGGUGACUCCCAUUUAUUACGUGUUCUUCACAUCCAUGGUGGUGACAUGCUCUGCCAUCUUGUUCCAGGAGUGGUAUGGCAUGAAAGCCAGAGAUAUCAUUGGUACCCUGAGUGGGUUCUUCACCAUCAUCAAUGGCAUCUUCCUCCUACAUGCCUUUAAAAACACUGACAUCACCUGGAGUGAGCUCACAUCCACUGCUAAGAAGGAGGGCCUUUCUCCAAACGGCAGUCAGAACAGUUACGUUUUAUUAGAGAAUGCAGACUGUUCAGCCGUGCUGUAUGAUGAUGAUGUCACCCUGUUUAGCAGGACUGAUGACCAAAGUCUCCAUAAACUUUGAACUUCAACCAAGACACCUGGAGACAAACAACACUUGCUCUUGGAAGGUCUGUUUGUAUGUUAGCAUAUUUAACACUGUACAAACACUCUGGAUGGGAGGCCAAGACAAAAGCCUUCGUUCUGACCGCCACAUUGGAAAAUCAAGUUUCAUCUUCUAGAAGAUUUGUGUCUUUCUAUUAUGUUUUUUGCAACCACUGAAACAGAUCCUGAGACAAAAGAAGUCAAAGGCUUAUAUUUGUCUCUGGAUAAUUCUUCUGGUCAAUAGGUUUGGCACUGCUGGGUGGCACUUCAUUUCUCUGAUGCCUAGUCAUGGACUCGAGGUGAUUGGCAGAUCAAGUUAACUGGGUCUGACUGAGUGGACUCUGAUGAGUCAUAAUCUCAAGCUAUUAAAACUAAGAAAUGGGAA